UGCAAGAAAGCAACAAAGAACAAACAGAGGAAUAAAGGCUUCUCUUCUCCAAGAAUCUUACUUUUUCGCUUUUGUUUUUUUAAUCUCUUUGGAGUUUGAAAACUGAACAAACAAACCACAAAAACUAAUUGUUCGGGAAGAAAGAAAAAGCCAUUAGUUUUACUAUCAUAUACAAUUAUGGCGUUAUAAAAAAGACAAAGAGAAGAAAUGUCUGUUUGUGGGAAUUCCAGGUCAGUGUGGAGGUGAAAUCUUUACAAGUUUCUUAGAAAAGAACCCCUGUCAUUAAAUUGUCUUGGCUUGUUCGCAGAACCUCAGGAGAAAAGCAAGCUCUAUGUAUCAGUAGGAUUUGUUUGUGUGUAUGGUUGGAGAAGACACUGUUCCAACAACCCUUGAAUUUGCAGGAGUUUGUUCAAUCUGCUCUUCAACAGAGCUUCAGUUGGUCUUGGGAACAUGAAUUUAAGUAAUUAAGAAGCAAGAAAUUCAGGAAUUUAUAGAGCCCACAAGAUUGUUACUUCAACUGGAUGUUGGUUUCUUAGCUCCUUUACUGUUUUCCUAGUCCCUGAUAGCUCUAUAAUCUUGUGUAAUUUUCUCCUAGUGCACAUUUUUUAUGCACUGAUGGCAAAAGGUUUCAAAUUGAGUCAUUCUGCUCUUCUGGUUCUUGUUUUCAUUUUGUUUCGAAUCAAUCAUUCGGAACAGCUAAAGUCUUCCCAGGCUCAGACCCUUUUAAGAAUUCAAGGGCUUUUAAACAACCCAACUGUUUUAAGCAGCUGGAAUAGUAGUACAGAGUUCUGUAGUACUGAACCAAGUUCAUCUUUGACAGUGGUUUGUUAUGAAGACAGCAUAACUCAGCUGCACAUUGUUGGAAACAAGGGAGCUCCUAUGUUACCUUUAAACUUUUCCUUUGAUUCCUUCAUAACAACUCUUGUCAAGCUUCCGGACUUGAAAGUCCUUACACUCAUUUCGCUUGGUUUAUGGGGCCAGAUACCUGGUAAAAUUACGCGUUUAUCAUCUCUAGAGAUACUUAAUAUGAGUUCAAAUUUUCUGCAUGGUUCCAUCCCUCAAGAGCUUUCAUAUUUAAUUAGCCUCCAAACACUCAUACUUGAUGAAAACCUGCUGGCUGGUCAGCUACCAGACUGGUUGGGGUCACUGUCAGUCUUGGCUGUACUGAGUUUGAGGAAGAAUUUGUUCAAUGGUACUUUGCCGGAUUCACUUAGCAAUUUGGAUAAUCUUAGAAUUCUUUCGCUUUCGCAUAACCAUUUCUAUGGAGAAGUUCCUGAUUUUAGUAGCUUGACAUACCUUCAAGUGCUUGACUUGGAAGAUAAUGCUUUUGGACCUCAGUUUCCUAAACUUGGGAAUAAGUUGGUUACGUUAGUACUGAGCAAAAACAGGUUUCGAUCUGCGAUCCCCACUGAGGCGAGCUCCUAUUAUCAGCUUCAGACAAUAGAUCUCUCUUUCAAUAGAUUUAUUGGCCCAUUUCCUACAUCACUGCUGUCCCUACCUUCUAUGAGUUAUUUGAACAUAGCCGAAAACAAGCUCACUGGAAAGCUUUUCAACAAUCUCUCUUGCAGUGCUGCACUUGAAUUUGUUGAUUUGUCGUCGAAUCUUUUGACUGGACACUUACCCGAUUGUCUAGUUUCGGGUUCUAAGAACAGAGUUGUUCUGUAUUCUAGGAAUUGUCUAGAUACUGGAUAUGGAAAACAACAUCCAUUGUCCUUUUGUCAGAAUGAAGCUUUAGCUGUGGGGAUCAUACCUCAGAGAAAGAAGCAGAAACGAAUCUCCAAAACAGUUCUUGCACUGAGUAUAAGUGGAGGGAUUGUUGGAGGAAUUGUACUUCUUGGAGUUGCAAUCUUGGUUGUUAGGAGGGUUAAUGCCAACAAGCCUUCCAAGAAGCCUACAACAAGAUUAAUUGCAGAGAAUGCUUCAACUGGUUACACCUCAAAGUUCCUCUCGGAUGCAAGGUAUAUAUCUCAAACAAUGAAGCUGGGAGCACUUGGCCUUCCAGCUUAUCGAACAUUUUCCUUGGAAGAGCUUGAGAAGGCUACAAACAACUUUGACACAUCUGCAUUCAUGGGUGAAGGUUCUCAAGGACAGAUGUACAGGGGUCAGCUGAAGGAUGGCUCCUUUGUUGCCAUUAGAUGCCUUAAAAUGAAAAAGAGCCACAGCACCCGGAACUUUAUGCACCAUAUAGAGCUGAUAUCGAAACUCAGACAUCGCCAUUUGGUCAGCGCACUAGGACACUGCUUUGAGUGUUACCUGGAUGAUGCAAGUGUCAGCCGAAUAUUCCUCAUCUUUGAAUAUGUUCCAAAUGGCACACUAAGGAGCUGGAUAUCUGAGGGACGAGCUCGACAAUCACUUACUUGGACACAACGUAUAACAGCUGCAAUAGGGGUAGCAAAAGGCAUUCAGUUUUUACACACAGGGAUCAUGCCAGGUGUAUUUUCAAAUAAUCUGAAGACGACAGACAUUCUAUUAGACCAGAAUCUUGUUGCGAAAAUCAGCAGCUAUAACCUGCCAUUGUUAGCAGAAAUUACAGGAAAGGUUGGUCAUGGCAUUCCUUCUGCUGGACCAAUAGACCCGAGCAUGAGUGCAGGGAUGAAGCAUGAAGAAAAGAUUGAUGUUUAUGACUUUGGAUUAAUUUUACUAGAAAUCAUUGUGGGGAGACCACCAAAAUCCAAGAAGGAAGUGGAUGUUCUGAAAGAUCAGUUGCAAGCCUCAGCAGGAUGA